GGUAGCCGAUUAAUCCUGUCUGCUACUUGGAUUCCUGAACUUGAUUGUGGUGGUUCCAAAUCCAAUUGUUGAAGAUUGAAAUGAAUAAAAACCAGACAUGUUUGGGGGAAGACAAGUACAUUUCUGUCAUUCUUUCUAAUGUUAGUCUGUUAGGUAUCUGGAACUGGAACUGGACCUGAUAGACUGUUAGGUGUCUGGAACUGAAGAAGUCCCAUGGGUGCUCCAGUUUUCUAGGCAAAUCAGCAGACCAAUCGUGGGAUAUGUUCCCUUAAUGUGAUCUAGCGGUAAUGUGAUUGGUUCCUACAGGAUUACAAUCUGAUAACGCAGAAUGCUAGUUAAAAGAUAACAUUAGCAUGUAAUUUUCACAAAAAAAAAAAAAAAAAAGGGAAAGAAAAAAUAUAAGCAAAGCACGAAUUCCAAUGAUUGGUAACACUGUAUAAAAAACAACUCUAAAGUAGAUGUAUCGACAACCUUUUCCUAGACGUUUAUACAUAGGCGGAAUUUUGUAUCUUCCACUGCUGCUUUUUUCCACUGCUAAUCGCAUCAUCGCCGUUCAUCCCAAGAUCUCGAUCUCCCCCUCAGGCCAAUCAAUAGCCGCCAUGAGCUCUCAGUCUCAGCCUCCGUCUCCGCCGUUGGCCAAGAAGGUGAAGCACAAGAUGGAGUUGUUCGGGGAUGUUAGAGUUGACAAUUACUACUGGCUUCGCGAUGAUUCCCGCAAGAACCCUCAAGUCAUCUCUUAUCUUCAACAAGAAAACGCCUAUACCGAGGCCAUCAUGUCCGGGACCAAGAAAUUUGAAGAUGAAAUAUAUGCUGAGAUAAGAGGGCGAAUAAAAGAGGAUGAUAUAUCUGCACCUUUGCGAAAAGGGCCGUAUUAUUAUUACGCAAGGACAUUGGAAGGGAAGGAGUAUGUUCAGUAUUGCAGGCGUCCCAUUCCUAAUCAUGAUGCUCCACCUUCUGUUCACGACACUAUGCCUACAGGCCCUGAUGCUCCGCCCGAGCAUGUAAUAUUGGAUGAGAAUGUUAAGGCUCAAGAAUAUGAUUUUUACAGAAUUGGUGCUUUUAAGGUCAGUCCAAAUCAUAAAUUGGUUGCAUACGCUGAAGACACUAAAGGAGAUGAAAUUUAUACCGUCUAUGUGAUUGAUGCUGAGACUCGAGCUCCGGUAGGGAAGCCAUUAGUAGGUGUAACGUCAUAUCUUCAAUGGGCUGGUAACGAAGCUUUAGUUUACAUUACCAUGGAUGAGAUCCUUCGGCCAGAUAAGGUAUGGUUACAUAAGUUGGGGUCAGACCAAUCCAAUGAUUCAUGCCUUUAUCAUGAGAAAGAUGAUAUGUUUUCCCUUGAUCUUCAAGCUUCUGAGAGUGAGAAAUUUUUGUUUAUCGCAUCUGAAAGCAAAAUUACAAGGUUUGUCUUCUAUCUUGAGGUUUCCAAGCCGGAAGAUGGGCUUAGGGUUUUGACACCUCGUAUAAAUGGCAUUGAUACCUCAGUCAGUCAUCGUGGAAAUCACUUUUUUAUCCAGCGGAGAAGUGAUGAGUUUUUCAAUUCAGAACUACUAGCUUGUCCAGUGGAUAAUACGUCUGCUACAACAAUUCUUAUUCCUCACAGGGCAAGUGUAAAGAUUCAGGAUAUUCAACUUUUUAGUGAUCAUCUUGUUGUCUAUGAACGUGAACAAGGUUUGCCCAAAAUUUCUAUUUACCGCCUCCCAGCAAUUGAAGAGCCACUCACAAGCCUUCAAGGUGCUCAGGCAGUUCAAUUUAUUGACCCUGUAUACUCAGUUGAUCCAUCAGAAUCGCAAUUUUCAUCCACCAUUUUACGGUUUUCUUAUAGCUCAUUGAGGACGCCUCCAUCUGUCUAUGACUAUGACAUGAUUACUGGGGAGUCUGUUUUGAAGAAGAUUGAAACUGUUUUGGGAGGUUUUGAUGCAUCUAAUUAUGUCACUGAAAGGAAAUGGGCUGCUGCUUCAGAUGGCACUCAGAUUCCUAUAUCAAUUGUGUACCAAAAGAAUCUUGUCAAGCUUGAUGGAUCUGAUCCAAUGUUGCUUUACGGCUAUGGUUCAUAUGAGGUAUGUGUAGAUCCUGACUUUAAGGCAUCGAGGCUGUCUCUUUUAGAUCGUGGGUUUGUCUUUGCAAUAGCUCAUAUUCGUGGAGGUGGUGAAAUGGGGAGGCAGUGGUAUGAGAAUGGGAAGUUUUUAAAGAAGAAAAAUACCUUCACAGAUUUUAUUGCUUGUGCUGAGUUUUUAAUUGAAAAGAAGUAUUGUUCAAAGGAAAAAUUGUGCAUUGAAGGAAGAAGUGCUGGCGGAUUGCUUAUUGGUGCUGUUCUUAACAUGAGGCCUGAUUUGUUCAAGGCCGCUGUUGCUGGAGUGCCUUUUGUAGAUGUCCUGACUACAAUGCUUGACCCUACUAUCCCUCUUACAACUUCAGAGUGGGAGGAAUGGGGUGACCCUCGGAAGGAAGAGUUUUAUUUCUAUUUGAAAUCAUAUUCACCUGUUGAUAAUUUGAAGGCCCAAAACUAUCCUAAUAUUCUUGUGACAGCUGGUUUACAUGAUUCACGAGUAAUGUACUCAGAAGCUGCAAAGUUUGUUGCUAAACUAAGGGAUAUGAAAACGGAUGACAACAUGCUGUUGUUUAAAUGUGAACUUGGUGCUGGCCAUUUUUCAAAGUCUGGAAGAUUUGAGAGGCUUCAAGAUGAUGCCUUGACAUAUGCUUUUAUACUGAAAGCUCUGAAUAUGAUUCCCACCUCUGGUUCUGCGCUGAACUGACAAACUGCUGCAUGUCAGAGAGGUGAUGUCAGUUACCUAAUCCAUGUUUGGCUUGCAGAUUCUGCCACAUUUGAUGUUGUAGUCUGGGUUAAAAAUUAAAACCAACUUUCUAAGAUAGGAAUUAGGAGGGAAGUUAUAACAUUAUGAGAUGGUGUUGAAAGAUAUUUGUGCAAUGGAAGUGUGCACAUAUAUUUGAUAUUGCUUCUGAAUUUGAAUCAGUGUUGAAUAUUUAUAAUCAAUCCCAUUGUUUGCUUAUAGUGUUAUUUUCAA